AUGCCGGAAAUACUCCGCGAUAAGAGAUGGAAUGUUAAUCCCACUGCUUGGGCGUCUCACGCGGUCCCCGAACUCGAUGAUUGGUUCCGAAAGUUAGCUGCCACCUCCUCUUACGAUGAGCGCAAAUGGCGUGAAUUAUCGAGGGGCAAGUGGGAGGCCAAACAUCAUGGCAUCGGAGAUGUCUCCGAAAUGAGGCCAGCCCCACUCGGGGAAGGGACCAAACCUUCGAUUCCGAAAUCGUGGAAGGACAACAAAAGGAAGAGGGUUUCAAAUCCUGAAGACCUUCAAGACAAGAAAACCCCUGCUCGGAGGCUACGGAAGAGAUUUGCUCAUGUGGACGCAGAUCCGGCCCACGAUUCCCCAGAUGACAAAGAAAAUGAUGGUGCAGAGUCGGCCUUGGUGACUCGAACCAAGAAAUCAAUCGAGACUGCCAAGCCCUCCGAACUAGAGACUUCAUCCCGUGGCGAGGAAACCUCAAAGAAAGAUACGGGCAAGGCCCCCGUGUUCCCGGAGGUUGAGAUCGUUCCUCCGCCUUCAAUAAAUAUACCGGAAGGGGCGAGUGCGAAAGCCCUCGAAGCUAAUCAGAACGCCCCGAGUGAAGAGCUCGGGGCCAUGACAACAGGUCACUCCCUUUCUCUACCCUCUUAUUCCGAGGAGGCAACCGAAGAUGCUAAUGCUUUGCGUAUGCCCGAUCCGAGCAAGGUCCUCGAGGAAGAUCCCUUUCAGGGUUGCUUUGCUGGGGUCGAGGAUACCAGCGACCUUAACGAUGUAUCUACCAUCUUCGAAAAGGCUCAGCAUCUCCUCUCUCAGGCCAAAGUCAAGUUUAGAGCUGAGCUGAGCCAAUGUGAGGCCGAGCUCAGGAAAGUUUCGGGCGAAGAGAAGGCCCUGAGGAUCCUCUGCAGCCAAAAAGAAGAGGAGCUUAAGGACCUCCAGGCUAAAUUGGCCAAAGCUCGGAAAAACGAGGCCGAGCCAGAUGAGCAGCUCUGGGGCGAGGUUGAUCAAGUAAAGGCCGACUGCCAUCGAUGGAAAAAGAACAUAGAUCAGCUCGCUGCCGAUAAGGAAGCCAUUACAGCCCAACUGACCUCGGCUGAAACUCAACUCCGGGGCAUUAAAGCGAAGGGUCUGGCCCAAGCCCGGAAAAUUGAGGAGUUAGAGGUAGAGCUUGCUAGAGCCCGGGCUGAAGCUGCACAAACUAAGGCUGAAGUUGAGAAGACGAAGGCCACGGCUGAUAAGGCCAUUGCCGUGGAGACUCUCGAAGAAAUCCACGCCCGAGGGUUCGACCUUACUGAAGAGAUAGCCGAAGCAAAGGCUCAGGAAACCGAUGCCAGGUUUCUUGUCUCUUUCAUUGAAGAAGAUGUUGUGAGCGGCUCCGAAGGCGGGGAAGGUGAGGAAGGUGCCUCCGAAGAAGAGGGGGUUCCCGAAGACAAAGCUGCCGAGGAUACAGUUCCUGAGGAUGGCGCCGGGGAUGUGACCCCAAAAAUACUAGUUUUGUAUUUUUCUUUUUUGUACAACGGCCCCUUGUGGGCGUUGUAA